GUUUGAUUUGCUUCCAUGACUCUGCUGGGCUGGCACUGGCAACGUUCACGCACCAGUCAACCCAACCCGAACAACGCCCGAACGACAACCCAAACUCUCGACCCGUAAACCAUACCACCACAGCUUCCCUGGCGUCAUCAAACAAACACAAGCUCCAUCUGAUCCCGCCUGUCUUCUCGCCGCCGCCGCCGCGUCCGCACCUCCCGCUCUAGCUUGCCUUUGUCCCUCCAGCCGCUCUCUUCCCCACGUUUGCGGCGCUCGCUCAGCCUAGCACGCCUGAACGCGACCACCAUUUCCCUCGGAUCGAUUCGAACUACACUACGCCCAGCCGCCCCCAUUGACUGACCACCUCCUCACGGAUUCCUUACGGCCGACUUUCAGGUCUGCUCUUCUUUGACCAGGACCAAAGCGCUGCCACCGGAUCCGGCCGAACCACUCGAACAUCCGCCUCAUUCUACGACGGCCAAGACAAGUCGUCGGCCCAAUCUACGAUGGCCAUGAUAGAGACGGUGUCACAAGAUCGCCAUAGCAGGCGGCGGCCGUUCGCCACGCUGGUCAAGAAGCUCAGGAACUUCAAAGGCGGAUACUCGGGCGACGACAGCCGAACAGGCUCAAAACACACCAAAUCCUCGUCAAAACAGCGGGCGUCCAAGAACAACAACCCAUAUCCCGAGUCUGGAAGAAUAGGAAACGGGGCGGCAGAUGUACAGCAGCAGCACCUGCAGGGCGGCAGCACGCGCUCCUUCUCCACAUCCCCCAGUGGAGUGACAUCAAGUGCAACCUCUCUGGGGCGGACUCUGUCGCUCCGCUCCUCCACCAACAGCACACGCGGCCGAGCCCCAACGGCGGGCGCGCGGUCGACCGCCCCCACCGUCUCCACCGACCACGAAGCCGCCCACUCCAUCGCCGCGCCGUCGCACGGCGCCUCCUCGGUGACGGGCACCAGCCGCACCGCCAACGGCGGCCUCGAGUCCCGCAGAGGAGGCGAUAGCACCUUCUCCUCACCCGCCCCCUCCGUCCGCUCCAUGACCACGACCCUCACCACGAUCCAGUCGCUACCGUUGGGCGGGCACCCAUAUCAACCCCACCAGGGCAACGGCGGCAGCUACCACCACCACCAUAGCCAUCACCAAGCUAGCAGCUCACAAGUCAUACACUUUAACCAGCCUUUUCCGAGCACUCCCGCGUCGGCCAUUCCGCCCCACUUGAACCCCUCGGGAGGCGCUGCUGGCGCCACCAUGCUGGGCCAGCAGAGCCCACAGCACACGUAUACAACCGCGACAGCCAACGGGCUGCUGACCGACAACGCCUCCAUAUUGACUCUAGCAUCGUCUUCCAAGGGUCGCCGGCGACGUUCCCUCGACACCAACGCCAGUGUCCGCGCCCUUGCCCCCUCAUCUGUGUUUGGCGGCUCUCGUGAGUCUCUGCCUCUUUCUGUCCUCUCGGCUACCAUCGACCCUGUGCCGGCCGUUCCUACGACGCCGGGGGCGGUUCCGUCAUCACGGAUGGUGGCCGAGAGGGCCAGCAUAUACAGUACGAGCGGAAUCAUCCCUGGCGACCGGAGUAGCUUCUAUGCGUCGAAACAGCAAAAGGAGCUGCAAGACAAGGCUAGCGCUGCCGCCAACGGAGCUGGGCCAUCAAGUGGAGGCGGCGCCCCUAGUGUUGCGGAGGCGGCAAGCAUCCGGAACGGACUGCUGGGCCAUUCUCGGGCCGACAGCAUCAACGGCAACUCUGGCGCCAUUUCCAGUGCGCUUGCCAGUCCUCGUGAAGAUCCCGGGGGCGAGGAUGUCGAGAGCAACAAGACAACCCAGGAAGAAAUCGCCAAGGACUGAAACAAUCACUCACAUCACGGGGUUUUUUUCUUGAGUGUUCGAUUAGCCAAGUACCCGGUUUCUUUCAACUCUUCCCCUUGAUUUUAUGUCACACCUUUUGUCUCCGUUUUCAAGUUUUGUUAUUAUCGCCGUGCAAGGUUGGUCUUGCAAGUUUCAAUACCCUAAGUUUCCCUCGAGAAAGGGUUCCCCAAGCUCAAGUUGAUACUUUUUUUCGGUUGAUUUCUUCUCCUUUUACUUUCUUCCCCCACAGCUUCUGGUCCAAAUAUCCUGCUCUUAGCGUUGCAUAGUUACGUCUGCGAUACAUCAUUUCAAGCCCUUGAUUACUUGUGCCCAUAAGUGAUUCCUUCCAUCUACGCGCUGGAAUUUCGUGAAUUUCGUGAUGGGCAAACUCGAGUGGACCCGCAGGUCCGCCUAGGUUAUCGUGACAACGUCCGCUCAGCAUUGGCACUACGUUCAGGACUGUC